UAGAGGCCAAUGCACUGUCCAAGGGAUGCAAGGACAGAAACGAGAAGGAGGGGGGCCAUUCUGCAAAACUUGAUGCUUUCCAUUAAUACAUGUCCUUGACACCCUUUUCUGUCACUGCGCCCGGCCUUCUAGACCUGCUACACGUGUUCUCUGUCUGCAUUGCAACCGCAUGCGCGACAUCCCUGCAAGGUCGACACAUCGCACCCAGCACCUCAACACAUGCCCACCUCGCCGUCUAUAUAAGUAUCACCGCCGAAAGCGCAAGGCUGCCGCAAGGCAUUGCGCCCCGCCCCCAGCCGCACACUGAGCCCAUGGCGCUCCCCGACCCCACCCAUUGGUCCAGCGACAGUAAAGGAUCCGUCCGACACCCGCGCCUCACAGCGUGCUGGCCGACCUGUGUCCCAGCGGUUGCCGUUUCGAGACAUGCUGCAUGGGCGAAACAGGCGUGAUUUUCGCGCGUGUGAUACGGGCGCUCUCGUGAGUGGCUGCGUCUAAAUUGGCGGGGCUGUGUGCUACGUCCUGUUACACGAGUGCGUUUGGGUCGGCGUUUGUUUGCUCGCUGGAA